AAUAAUAACCAACCCUCCCAAAAAAAAAAAAAAGAAGUUCCAUUGAACUAUUGAAGAAAAAGCUUUGGCUUCUCUGUCUUCUAACUUUCUAAGCUCAAAGCCUCAAAUCCUCAUCCUUCUCUCGUAUCGCUCUCUCUGUAGAGUAUUUAAUAUAAUGAGAAACUUAAAGAUGAUUAUGAAGAAAUUGCUAUAAGAAGAAACCUAAACCCACCCAUUUAUUAAAAAAAGAGAGAAGUUCUUUUUAUUUGGUAGAUCCAUUAUAUAUUUAUUCUUAUUUUCCUAUUGAGAUUUCUUUUUUUUGGUUCCUACUAAUUGAGAGAGAGAAAGAGAGAGAGAGAUAAUGAACUAUCUGAGUUAUCUUGAACCAGAUUACUCUGAGUUUGUUGAAGUUGAUCCUACUGGAAGAUAUGGAAGAUACAAUGAAGUUCUGGGUAAAGGAGCUUCAAAGACUGUUUACAGAGCAUUUGAUGAAUAUGAAGGGAUAGAAGUAGCAUGGAACCAAGUGAAGCUUUACGAUUUCCUACAGAGCCCUGAGGAUCUUGAGAGGCUUUACUGUGAGAUUCAUCUCCUCAAGACUCUCAAACACAAGAACAUUAUGAAAUUCUACACCUCCUGGGUGGAUACCGCCAAUCGAAACAUCAAUUUUGUUACUGAAUUGUUCACUUCUGGCACCUUGAGACAGUAUAGACUCAGGCAUAAGAGAGUUAACAUAAGAGCAAUGAAGCAUUGGUGUAGACAGAUCUUGAGAGGCUUGCAUUACCUUCACAGCCAUGAUCCUCCUGUGAUCCACAGGGAUCUCAAAUGUGACAACAUAUUUGUUAAUGGGAAUCAAGGAGAGGUCAAGAUUGGAGAUCUUGGCCUCGCUGCCAUUUUAAGAAAGUCCCAUGCUGCUCACUGCGUUGGUAUAUAUGCAAAUCCAGAUCAAAUCCAGUAUGCUUUUCUGCUGAGUUUCUUUGUUUCUGAUUGUGGAAAGUUUAACCUUUUGUUAGGGACUCCUGAGUUCAUGGCACCUGAAGUUUACGAAGAAGCGUAUAACGAAUUGGUUGAUAUAUACUCCUUCGGUAUGUGCAUUUUGGAGAUGGUUACGUUUGAUUACCCUUACAGCGAAUGUACUCACCCUGCUCAGAUCUACAAGAAAGUUAUGUCGGGCAAGAAACCGGAUGCAUUAUACAAGGUGAAAGACCCGGAAGUUAAAUGUUUUAUCGAGAAAUGCUUGGCCACCGUAUCGCUGAGAGUCUCUGCUCGCGAGUUACUGGAUGACCCUUUUCUUCGAAUAGACGAUGGUGAAUUUGAUCUGAGAUCAGUUGAUAUGGAUGAUUCGGCCGGGCCACUUGUUAGGCAGCCGCAUCAUCUUCCUGACUACUACAAUUAUCCAUCAAAUAGUAGCUCUUUGAAUCGUCAGUACUCAAAUGGUUAUAAUAGCCCCAACGAGUAUCAGAACGGAUGGGCGUAUAAUCCAGCUGAGACAGAAGAAACUCAUGGAAUCGAGCUCUUUGAGUGUCGUAACGAUGAUGAUCAAGAAGAAGACAAGAGAUCUGGUAAUGUUGAUAUAACCAUCAAAGGGAAGAGAAGAGAUGAUGGUGGCUUAUUCUUGCGUCUUAGGAUUGCCGACAAAGAAGGACGUGUCCGAAACAUUUACUUCCCAUUUGACAUCGAGACAGACACGGCACUGAGCGUUGCAACUGAGAUGGUAGCGGAACUAGAUAUGGAUGAUCACGGAGUCACAAAAAUCGCCAAUAUGAUUGACGGUGAGAUAUCUUCUCUUGUGCCCAGUUGGAGACCGGGCCCUGAAUUCGAAGAAUGUCUUGCGGCAGCAGCAGCAGCAGCAAACGCGAACAUUUGCAACAACUGUGUAUCGAACCGCACCUCAAUGGGCUCGGUGAUGGAUUUCUUGAGGACCAAUCCUGGUGCGAAUGUGAUACAGUGUUGCAGGAAUGGGUGCGGUGAGACUCAUGGGCGGUUUGAAGAGAUCACGAUCAGAGAAACCGAGGUGCGUCUUAGAGAGCUCUGGAAGCUGCAGCAACAGCAGGAAAGCCGUGAGCUAAGCUCAAUAGAUUCAGGCCAAAACCACUCUGAAGAAGAAGAGGAAGAAGAGGUAUACGAAAACCCCGAAAACGUGUAUUCAUGCGAGGCAGGUAACGCAAUAAACCACAUAUCGGGUUCUGGAUCGUUCUCGUUCAUACCAUCUAAAUACUGCGAUGAGGUAUACGAGAAAACCGAAAGUCAGGUCCAACAAGAGUUGAGAUGGCUUAAAGCCAAAUGCCAAAUUGAACUCAGAGAUAUUCAAGAUGAGCAGUUAAAAACCCGGUGGCCAGAACCCGGAGAAGAGGCAGAGAUCUCUCCGAAAGACUUGUUUGUGGGUUCGGUUUCAGGGUUGGAAGGAGAUAAGGUGAAGGAAAAGAUGUAUGGAGGAAGACUGGUACCAAAGUGUCUAAAAAGGGCAACUUCACUUCCUGUUGAUCCCAUUGAUUCUUGAUUACUUUGUGUUUCUUCAUGUAUACAUAUAUUGUUUGCUAUUAUUAUAAGUCUUUUACAGUGUAACCGUAACAACAACAACAACACACAAAGUAUACAUACUUAAGAGAUCCACUUCAAAUUCUUUUGGGGUUAUUUAAUACCCUUCGAUCUA